AUGGAUCCUACGCUCGAGUUUGCAAGGAAUCCACUCACUUGCUUAACGUGCUGCAUCAUGUUCAGAGAGGUGGAGGUGCGCAAUAAGCAUUACAAAUCUGAAUGGCAUCGGUACAAUCUGAAUCGGAAGGUAGCUAAUCUACCUUCAAUAACGUUCGAUGAAUUCGAGAGGAGAACCCACAAAGAUGCGACAGGAAAUCAGACGAAACAGAGCAAGAAUUGCAACAUGUGUCGAAAGAAGUUCAGCAGUGAGAAACAAUAUGAGAAUCAUUUGACUUCGAAGAAGCAUAAGCAGAGGGUGAAGGAGAUGGACGAAGAUCAGACUAGUAGUGCUGUACAAACCGAAACCGAGAUGGAUGUAUCAGAUGCAUCAGACCUAUCCCAUUCGGAUCUAGAGCUCGAAAAUCCUAUCGAACGCAACAAUUGUCUGUUCUGUGAGCAUCAUAGUAGAUCCAUAACGCGUAACUUGAAGCACAUGAUGGUGGAACACUCGUUCUUUGUGCCUGACCUUGAGUACUGUAUCGACAAGAGAGGUUUGUUAACCUACUUGGGGGAGAAGAUAUAUGCCGAGUAUAAGUGCAUUUGGUGCGAUAACUCAGGAAGACAACUGCGAAGCGCAGACGCAGUAAAGGCACACAUGAUUGAUAAGGGCCAUUGCAAGAUGCUGUUUGAAGGGGAAGCGCUGCUCGAGUACUUGCAGUUCUACGACUAUACAUCCAGUUAUCCAGAUGCCGGGGACGCUGAUCCAGAUGAAGAGUUGUCAGAAGUACCAGACGUUCUCUUGGACAACGACGGUUAUGAAUUGGAGUUACCUUCUGGAAAGGUGAUUGGCCAUCGUGCCCUGGUACGCUACUAUAAGCAAAAUCUUCCGACUUCAGGGACGAUCACGGUGGCUAAGAAUGGACAUAAAUUACGUAAGUUCAUGCUGCAAUAUAGAGCAUUAGGUGGGCCAGAAUUGCAGGCAGAAGCAAUCCGGAAAAGAGCGCGAGACGUUCGUUACCUGCAAAGAGUUCAGACAAAAUAUUCGACGCAGCUGCAGUUUAAGCAAAACAAACUACAAAAGCACUUUAGAGCACAAGUAAACUUUUAAAUUUUUCAUUCAUCACCAUUUCAUUAGAACAUAUCCAAUUUUUAAGAAAGAAAUUUUCUUCUUCAGAAAUGCAAAUUGGGUAUUAGAAAGAAAAUUCCUUAGCAAUAUGAUCCAUUUUUCUAUGUACUUUGCAUAAUUUGAAAAGUAUCAAUAUCUUUGGCUUUGACUUGUUUGCACUUUAUAGACUUUAUAGAGAAAGCGAAGAAAAUAACGAUAUUUUCUAAAUUAUACAUAGAAUUCAUUUAAAACCAUAUGCAAAUCUUCUAUUUUUUUAAAGAAACUAGAAGGUGAUAAUUAUAUAAAAAUUUGAAGAGAAAAAUAAAUGUACAGAUAUUUAUGGAAUGUAAAAUGGAGCUAUUAUAUAUUACUAUAUAUUACUUUGAUAUCACAUUGCUUGUAAAUAUAAUAAAAGAACAAGUUGCAAG